UGGGUUGGGGGAGAGAGAGAGCCAGAGAGGAAACAUGGGUGAGGGAUUUCGUCUCGAUUCGCUUGCAGUUGCAGGCUAGGCUUGGAUAAUUCUGAUGGAGCUCGCCUUAUGGGCCUUGGCUGACGGGGCAGCCCAUUUGGGGGCGUCAUCCACCGGAGAGAGCAACGCGAGCCACCCAAACCACAAGCCUUGCCCAAAUGCUGGCCACCGCCGCCUGCUGCCGCGCCCCGCCGCGCCCCGCCGCGAGAUCCGGCGGCCGCGUCCUUCCAUCCAUGCUGAGAGCGCCGACGAGGAGCAGGAUGACGGCGGUGGUGCGGUGCGGGCUGCUCCCCGUGGACCCGUGGGCGCCGACCAUGGACUCACAGAGCGUCGCUUCGCAGCUCUUCGCCGUGUCGUUGUUCCCCUACCUGGGAUUCCUCUACUUCCUGACAAGGUCCAAGACGGCGCCCGGUCUGACCCUCUUCGGGUUCUACUUCCUCCUCGCCUUCGUCGGCGCCACCACAAAAGUUCACUACGGAACCUCGCUGUCUAAUGUCGAUCUGCUGCACGGGACUGCGGAACCGUUGCUCACCCUCACCAACUUAUUCAUCGUGCUCGGGCUGAGGGGGCCCUUUAGAAACUUGAAGGAGACAGAGCAGUGCAAUUCUGAAGCUUCUGAGGACAGCAAGGAAAAAAGUUGUGUCUAGAUAGAUCUAUGCUCUUGUCAGUUCCCCAAAUUCUCGAGAAAUCCUUUUGGUGUCUAUAAUGGUGACAUCAUAAGGAGUGUACAUUACUACAAUUUCUUUUGCUCAACUAAUCUCAGUUCCCCAAACAUCUAAGUAAAGGCAACCCACUGCCUGAUUUUCCUGA